AAGAUCGAUGAACUUUGUCAGAUAGAAGAUGGAAGGGCAUCUGUAGUUUGAAAAAAAGUACACGCACACCAGUCUUCGCUAUAUUAUCGCACAAGAUACUGCUGUGUUUUGACAACAAAAUAUGGAGUUAAAAAAAAUAUGGCUGAUCGUGAUUUUUGUAAUAUGCUUUGAACGUUCCAGUAGUGCAAGCAACGUCAACGUACUCAAUAAUAACCAUUCUAUCAAAUCAAGAAUAAAGAGGUCAAGAGCUUCUGACAUAUACUUAGCAUUACCGCCGGACACAGAGAAAAUAGGCAAGCAAAAUGCACCACCGACAUUGAUCCACCUUGAUCCCAACUCUCCUAUUAAGUUCAAGGGCAAAUUUCCUACGCCUAUCGAACGCUUCAUUCAACGCAUUCAAAACUAUUUCUCAGUAUAUAACCCUCCAGAAUAUCUAAAUGAUCUGAGGCCAGGUAUAAACAAUCCCGACAACGACAACAAUACCUUUGUUAAUGACACGAAUAACACACAUGUUAUAUUACCAUGCAAUGGUACAAGCACGAUAAUUAUCAUUCCAGUUCCGUUUGAAAACGAAAAUGUAACCAACGAAGAAAACGCAAAACCGGUGUCUAGUAACCAGUCUAGUAAUGGUUUUCCCGAUUCAAUCAAACCUGCGGUAAACGAGCAAUCAACUCCGAAAUCUAGUCCUCCCUGUGAUGAACUGUUAUGUCCUCAUGCAUCUACUCCGACACCAGUUAUUCCGGAUGAAGUUACAACGCCUAAACACAAUUGUCAAGAAAAUACUACGACACCCAAUCCUAAAAGACAAGAAACAACACAAAAAGAAAAAAUCCCAGAAACUAUAACAAAAAAAUCACCAUGUCCAGAUAAUAAAAACACUGGUUCUAAGCCUAGCGGUUAUGGCCCAAAUGAAGUACCACCAAUAAAUUUAGUCGCACAACCCAUUAGCCCUUCAGAAUAUCAUUAUAAGAAGCCCAUAUCUACUCCAGCGUCAACGUACUUACCGCCUUAUCCACCUUCCCCGGCUUACUAUGUAGCAAGCACCUCACCCCCUUGUACGGGAUAUCCACACAAACCAAAACAGCUUCCACCAAUUCUCCGACUAAAACAAAUGCUAUUCCCAAGACUGUUUGCAGCUCUUCAUUCUGAUGAUUAUUAGAUUAUUGAAAAAAAAAACUAUUUUAUUAAUUUAUAUUUUGAAUAUUAAGAGUAAAUGUAGAACUCCUUUAUUAAUUCGUACGUGUAUUAGUUAUGUUGAUUAAUUAUUAAUUUAUUUAUUACUUUAAUGUACUCAUCAUUGUACGGUAAAUUUUCUCUAUUAAAAGUGAAAAACAAGACGAUA